AUGGCAUCGUUUGAGGAUGACUAUUUCAUGCUCAAGGCAUUCUUAGCUUCUGUUACUGCAAAACGUGUUGUAGAACCCGGUCAACCACAACAAUCACAGUCAUCGCGAUCCUUUAAGUUACCCGAAAUCAAACUUCCGGAAUUCGGUGGAAAUAUUUUAGAGUGGUUCUCGUUCUACGAUACUUUCGAAUCAUUGGUACAUGAUAAUCGUGAGCUUUCGGAUGUACAAAGGUUUUAUUAUUUGAAAUCUACACUGCGUGGUGAAGCUUUAAAAUUAGUGGAAAAAAUAUCUGUGACUGGUGACAACUACUCUGUUGCAUUGAAGAUGAUCACGGAUCGGUACCAAAACACGAACAUUCUUAUAAGGAAUCAUAUAGAAGCGUUGUUUAAGGUGGAUAAAGUGAAGAAAGAGUGCCCUAGAGCUCUGACUAACCUCGUAGGUGAGUUUGAAAAUAAUUUAGGGAUUCUGGAGAAAAUGGGCGAAGAUAUUAAAGGAUGGAGUUCACUGUUGGUGUACAUGAUCACAUCUAGGCUUGAUCCGGCAACAUUUCGUGAAUGGCAGAGAAUUGCUGAUAAGAAAAGAAUGCCAAAAUACGAUGAACUUAUAACAUUUCUUCGAGAUUACAUAGUGGAACUUGAAAUUCUCCAUGUUGAUCGAACAGUAGAUAACAGAACAUAUUCACCAAAUGCAACUCCCGCCAUCACUUCUAACCAGAAGGAAUCUUGCCCUGUUUGUGGAAAAGGACAUCGACUCUACUACUGCGAUCAAUUCAAGCAUCUUCCGCUAUCUCAACGUACGUCGAUUGUAUCAAAGGCCGGUCUAUGUGCUAACUGUCUCUUCGGGAAACACUCGUUCGUAAGCUGCAAAUACGGUGCGUGUAGGGAGUGUGGAGCUAAACACCAUUCUUUGUUACAUAACCCGCUUAUUGAUACGCCAUCAACUUCUGAUACUGCACCGGCAGUUUCCAAUGUAGUCAUUCAUUACGGUGAACUAUCCGACAGCCCUUCAUCGACUAUUGCAUCAUGUAAGCCGCUUCGCAGAUCUGAAACUCACUCGGUGACGUCUCGUUUUGAUCAUCCUAUCUCGACUCAAGUUUUUCUCGCCACUGCCAUAGUGAAGGUAUUCGGUCCCAAGGGAAAUUCAUUCCUCGCUCGAGUUUUAUUGGAUAGUGCUUCACAACCUAAUCUAAUGACCGAAAGAUUUCGUCAACUACUCAACGCUCGUAAGACACCGGAUAGUACUGAGAUUGCAGGUAUUGGAGGAGAAAUUGCAGCUGUUGCUACCUGUUCAACGGUUGCCACUAUAGCAUCUCGCUUCAACAAUUUCCGUGUUCCACUCGAGUUCAUUGUUAUGGAAAAGGUUACUAACGACUUACCAGCGUGGACUGUCGAUUCCAGUGAUUGGUCAAUUCCGGAAAAUAUUCGCCUCGCAGAUCCUUCCUUUGCUACGAAAGGUCCGAUCGAUAUCGUGAUCGGAGCCCAGAUAUUCUUUGAGAUUAUUCGAAAUGGUCACGUUAAGAUCUCUGACGAUAAACCACUAUUACAGAAUUCGGUCUUUGGAUGGCUUGUGUCUGGUCUACACCAAAGUGGUCAGACUGGAGGAAAUAUUCGGUCUAAUUGCAAUAUAAUCACUUAUCGAGAUUUAGAUCAACGUAUAUGUAGAUUUUGGGAGCUGGAAGCGUGUCAAUCGAGCUCUGUUUGGUCUGUAGAAGAAAGGUUGUGCGAGAAUGUUUUCGGAUCCACUACUCACAGAGAUAAAAACGGCCGUUAUAUAGUCUCGUUGCCUAAGAAAGCGGAACUCGUAGGACAGCUUGGACACUCGCUCUCUAUUGCAACACGUCGUUUUCAUUCUCUCGAACGACGUUUCGCUGGCAAUCCAGAGCUUCGAAGUCAGUACACGAAUUUCAUGAAAGAGUAUCUUGCAUUAGGUCACAUGAAACUGGUGGAUCCAGUCGUUGAUUGUCCCGGGCACCAUUUUUACCUGCCACAUCAUGCCGUUUUCAAGCCGGACAGUACAACCACAAAACUACGGGUGGUGUUUGAUGGCUCCUGCAAAACCACUUCGGGUUUCAGCCUUAACGAUUUGUUAUUGAAAGGUCCAACUGUACAAGAUGAUAUGAUACUCACGAUUCUUCGUUUCCGUGCAAAAGCUGUAGUAGUUACAGCUGACAUAACGAAAAUGUACCGCCAGAUUUGGGUUGCAGAAGAAGAUCAACCACUACAAAGAGUGUUAUGGCGCAAUUCGCCUUCAGAACCGCUUUGCACAUACGAACUUACCACCGUUACAUAUGGGACAACAACCGCUCCGUAUUUAGCAACACGUUGUCUGCAGCAGUUAGCGGAAGACGAAGCAAUUAAUUUUCCGCUUGCUGUCCCCGUUGUCACAAAGGGGUUUUACGUCGAUGAUUUAAUGUUUGGAUUUGAUACCCUUGAGGAAGCAAUAGUUGCCUCUCGAGAAACGUCUCAGAUGUUAACCUCGGCCGGAUUUUCACUGCGGAAAUGGUCGGCAAAUCAUCGAGAAGUCCUCGCACAGUUUCCUGAGAGUUAUCUAGAAAAGUCGGCGAUAUUAGAAUUAGAUCGUUCCGCACCAGUAAAGGCUCUCGGAUUGUUGUGGAAGCCAGAAUCCGAUGAAUUUCUCUUUAAAGUCCCGGAAUGGCCCGAGAAUCCGAUAUCAACCAAACGAAGUAUUUUGUCACACGUUUGCAGCUUAUUUGAUCCUUUGGGUCUGAUCAGUCCUGUCAUCAUUCUCACUAAAAUGCUUAUUCAGACACUUUGGGAACGCAAUUUUGGAUGGGAUGAUCCUUUACCUCAGAUAUUGCAUGAAAGAUGGACGGAGAUCAGCCGACAACUUACUGCGCUCAAACAUCUUACAAUACCUCGUUUUGUGUUCUCUGAUCAAAUGGUAUCUACCGAAAUGCAUGGUUUUUCGGACGCAUCACAACGUGCGUAUGGAGCUUGCAUUUACUUCAGAUCCGUUACUAUGUGCGGUACAGUGACAUCACGGUUGGUAGCUGCAAAAUCACGAAUUGCUCCAUUGGAAAAGCGUCGACCAACACUUGCUCGACUGGAACUGUGCGCAGCGCUGCUUCUAGCGAAUUUGCAGAAAAGGAUCCAGCAAUGUUUAGAACUCCAGUGUCCAGUAUAUCUAUGGUCAGACUCAACUAUCACACUACAUUGGAUUGCAGGUCAACCUUCGUCUUGGAAUAGCUUCGUAGCAAACCGUGUUGCGGAGAUUCAACAGCUUACUCAAUCAGCCACUUGGCUUCACAUUCCCACGGCUGAUAAUCCUGCUGAUCAUAUUUCGCGUGGUCUUUCCGGGGAUUCAAUCAUCGGAAACUCUUUGUGGUGGUAUGGACCACAAUGGUACCUUAAACCUCAUACAGACUGGCCAGAAACAAUACACUCAUGGAAGUCCAAGAUACCUCCGGAGAUUGAUUUCGAACGUCGAAAAGCAAUAGUCCUCACUGCUGUUUGUACUGCUCCUACCGAUGCCUGGAUUAUUGAAUACCUUAAAGGUCACGAUUCGUUGCAUAAUGCUUUAAGAAUUCUUACUCACUGUCAACGGUUUAUAAAUAACUGCAAGCUGCAGAAGAAUCAUCGUGUUACAGGAUUUAUAACGUGCCAAGAAAUUCGUUCCAUUGAGAUCCGACUCAUUCGUCAAAUUCAAAUUGCUGAAUUCCCGAAGGAUUUCGAGAAUCUUCAAAGAAAGAAUCCUAUCGACAGCAAGUCUUCACUUCGGUAUCUUAAACCAAUAAUGCUAGAUGACGAGCUACUCAUCAGAGUUGGUGGUCGACUGAAAAACGCCCCAAUCUCGUUUGACAGCAAAUAUCCAAUAUUAAUACCCAAAAACCAUCCGUUCACGGAACUUCUGUUCCACGACAGUCAUGAGAACACACUUCAUUCCGGACCUUCGCAUUUGUUAGCAGCUGUUCAUCGGCGUUAUUGGCCUAUUGAUGGACGUAAUAAGGCUCGUGUUGUUGUACACAGAUGUCUCACAUGCUUUCGAAACAAACCUACGUUUGCCCAGCAAACAAUGGCUGAUCUCCCACCAGUUCGAGUCACACCGUCCCGUCCGUUCGUGAAUAUUGGUGUAGAUUUCUUAGGUCCGGUUUAUAUAAAACCGCCUCGCAAGCAGGAUCCUAUUAAAGCAUACGUCUGCGUAUUUGUUUGUAUGGUGACUAAGGCUGCUCAUCUUGAAUUAGUAAUGAAUCUGUCUACUGAAGCAUUUUUGGCUGCGCUUCGUCGUUUCUGUGCCAGACGAGGAUAUCCACUGAAUAUCUACUGUGACAACGCCACCAAUUUUACAGGAGCUAGUAAGGAACUUCACGAGUUGCGACGUUUGUUUCAUUCUCAACAGCACAAGCUUGCAGUCAUAGGAGAAUCAACUCGGUUAGGAAUAACGUUCCAUUUUAUUCCGCCCCGUUCUCCUUCGUUUGGCGGUUUAUGGGAGGCCUGCGUGAAGUCGACGAAACACAUUCUCAAUCGUGUGACUCUCGACGUGAUCCUCACGCAAGAAGAAAUGUCUACUACUGUAGCACAAAUUGAAGCGUGUCUUAACUCACGACCGCUCACACCUAUUUCCAACGAUCCUACUGACCUUGAAGCCCUCACUCCUGGUCAUUUUCUGAUUGGUGCUCCUCUUCAAUCAUUACCCGAACCCGACCUAUGCUCACUCUCCGUAAAUCGCUUAUCCCGUUGGCAAUUGAUGCAACGGAUCCUUCAAUCGUUCUGGUCUCGCUGGUACCUCGAAUAUCUACCUGCUCUCCAGAAACUCCAGAAAUGGCCAGGAAUUCAUCCGAACCUCUCCGUUGGUGACAUGGUUCUAGUUCAAGAAGAGAACCAACCACCGACGAAAUGGCCUAUCGCCCGGGUCGUCAAUGCGAUAGCUGGCGAUGAUAAGUGUGUUCGAGUUGCAGAUGUGCUCUUGGGUGAUAACAAAAUCUACCGUCGUAGUAUUCGAAAAAUGUGCCCGCUUCCACUAUACGAAACUCAAUUUCCCAUUGACACAAAGGUCGAGCGCCAAUCUCCUGCUCCCGAAUGCACUCAACACCUUGCUCCUACUAUCACUCACAUACCCACCGGCUCUGCCGACACAGAUGAUUCGGAGCAGUCGACGAGUAAUCCAACUACCCCGAACGCGUCAUGA